AUGGCUUCCUACUACCCAUAUGGCGCCAUGCCGGCGCAACCCGGCCCCGUCUCCCACAACCACCACGGCGGUCGCAAUCGCCGGACAGCUCGCCUCUCCGUCUCUCAAAACUCGCAGCGGCAGUUCCGUGGCGUCCGUGGCAUGAAGGAGAUCAAUGAAUCGGCCGCCCUCUCCGCUUUCCGCACCAAGUUCGAGGCCGUCCGCUCGUUUGAUCUCGAAGAUGACAUGGAGUUCUGCCCUGGUCUCCUGACCGAGAGCGACCUCGUCUCCAUUUCCUCGUCGGAGCGAUCCUCACUGGCCAGCAACUCGCCAGAGUCUUCGCCCACGCAGCAGCCGCAGUCCAUUACUCCCGGCUUCUCGCUCAACUCUGCCUCGCCCUCUUUCAUUCCUCCUCCUUCUCUCCAGAGCCAGCAGUCGAGCUUCAAACUGCACCAGCCCGCUGCCAGGGGUCGCAAUGCCAUCCCCAUCAUCAACCCCCUCACCGGCAUUACCAUGGCCAGCCCGCCCCCUUCCAUCUCCCCCGCCAGGAUGCAGCAGAACAUGGGCCGUCGCUGGUAA